CAAUGCAUAACUAUACAAUAGAAAAAGUGAGAAUUAUAUAUAUCAUGUUACUUGUUACAAUCUUGCACAAGUAUCUGUAGCUAAUGUAACAUCUAGUUUAAUUAUGGAGAUUGACGUUUCUGAAGGUCUGUACUCGCCUCCUACAGUCAUUGUCACCGAUUCUUGUCACGAGAAGAACGUGUCUCUAGACGAAUUAAAGCCAGGUUUUUCAAACUCCCAGCGUAGGCAUAGUUCCGUCGAUCUGAAGAGUUUUUUCGGCAUAAGCGAAAGAGGUAGGCCUACUGUGAACGAAAUCGCGCAAAGUAGACCUAAUGGAGUCGCUCAUACUUCGGAACUUGGAGAUACCAUCGAUUUACCGAUUCCUCCUCAAGAACGACGUCGAAGUUUUAGUGGAUUGAUACAAGGAUUAUCAUUAACUCGUGUGACCAACCGAAUGGAUGCGUCACCCACUAAAGAGAAUGCACCAUAUUUACACAGACAAUAUGAAUUUGAAUCUGGUGGUCUUCUUCUGGAUGAAACAGGUAUUCGAGAACGCAGUCGAAGUGUUGGUGAACUUACGAAUAAUCUUGUGUUUGGUGAUGUUGUCGGGGGUGUUAGUAAAAUAAAGCGUUUGUUCUCAAAGACAGACUCAGAAACUGACUUGCGAACAUCGGAACAACGCCAAAAUGAUCUGAAGCUGAAACAUGCAAGAGCGGAAUCCUGUACACUACCAGUGGGAAUACGGCCAGACUACAAGAAUUUUGCUGAUGAUAAAAAACGCUGGUCUAUGCAACCGACACCAGCUUUGACGUGGGGACGUCGCCGUGUCAGUCAAUUGCUUGAUUUCGAUUUAAAAUCUUUAUUCAAACAAGAGAAGGCAACUAAUAAUGUAAGCCUACUAGAUGAAGAAGGCAAUCAGAAUGUUGAUGAGAAUCACCAAGAUAAUGACACAGCAAUUGAGCUUAGUAGUGAGCAAACUAUAACUAGCUUGGUCAGCACACGUCAGCAGCUGGCUUCGUCAGAAGAGGUUAGAAGCGAUGACGAACAAAAGGACAAAUCACCUGCUGUGGAAAGUUAUGAAGUUUUAGAUGAUGACGAUGAAACAAUAGAAAUCAUCAAUGAUAAUGUUGAAAAUCAGAAUAAUGAAACAACACCUAAUAAAGAAAGAAGUCAUGAAUCUAAUGAGCUCCAACAAAUUAUCCCACCCCCAAAUCUGGCCCCUAAGCUGAAAAGAAAUCGCUUUGCGGGUAGAAAACGUCAUGGGCAAACCAAGCAACAAAACAUACAGCAGAAACCAUCUCAACUCUUUGUUGCUACAGCUAUAUUUGGAAUUAUAACUAAGGAUGAGUUUGUUGAGUUCUACAAUCAAGUUGUACGAACACUGCUUCACCCCCUGGGAAAAUUUGACUGUUCAGGUAUAAGCCCCUUGGAACUUGUUUCUCAUCUUCAGAAGGUUUUAAAUGUUGAUCAAGCUCUUCAUAGCAGUUUAAUUAAAGAUCAAGUUAACAAAUUGCCUGAAAAGGUUAUUCUCAAGUUGAGAGUAAUUGAAGCAAAGGACCUUAAGCCAAUGGAUUCCAAUGGCUUAAGUGAUCCUUACUUUAUGAUAUCACUCGGAACUAAGACAGCCUCUCGCAGUGGUACACUAGAAAGGAAGUCCAAUCCAAACAUGACCCCACAAGUGGAGAGAAAAACAGACAGCAGUGAACAUUCUGAGACCACACCCACUAGUGAACAACUCAAGAAGGACACCAGUAUUGACGAUGGUGCAGAAAGUCGCAAAAACAAGAAACAAAAAAAGAUUGCUCGCAUCAAAAGUACCGGUAAAGGUGAUGCUAAAAUGUCUACAGACAGCAAUGCAACUACAGAGACAGCACCCUCUGGUGACCAACUUAAAAAGGAAGGGAGUGUAGAUGAUGGUUCAGAAAAAAGCAAAAACAAGAAACAGAAAAAAAUCACUCGCAAUAAAAGUGGCAGUAAGGGUGAUAUUGGUACUAAGGUGGUGUCACUGGAUGAAGAUGGUGAUGAUGACCCUACUUAUGGAACAACUGACCAACUCAAAAGGGAAGGAAGUGUUGAUGAUGGUUCAGAAAAAUUAAAAAACAAGAAACAGAAAAAAGUUGCUCGCAAUAAAAGUGCUGGAAAGGGUGAUAUGGGUACUAAGUUGUCCUCAAUGGAUGGAGAUGGUGAUGAAGAGCCUGCCUAUAGAACAACGGUUGCUAAGGAGACGCUACAUCCUAUUUGGAAUGAAAUAUUCCUCAUUGAAGUAACCAAUGUUGAAGACCAACAACUACAAAUGUUCUUGUGGGAUUGGGAUGAGGAAGGUUCCUUGUGGAAUGUCACGAAAUCUCUUGAUCGCAAACAUAAAUUAGCAGGCGUGCAAACAAUCUUUCGACACAUGAAGCAGACCAUGGAACAUGGUAAAAGUAUGGAUGACUUUAUGGGGCAGUUCUCAGUCUCCCUUUGCGAGAUCUCGGCCUCUUCUCGCAUUGAUAAGUGGUACAAGAUUAAAAAACAAAGUAAAACGUACGGCCAGUGUCGACUACAGAUGCAAUUUGUAAUGAAAUCGGGUGAUGAAGACAAUACUGUUAGUCAUGUUGUUAUGUAUUAUAAACUUUCAAAAGCAAUCCACAAGUACGAAGGUGAACUAACAAUGCAGGAAGGAAGCUGGGAUGGUAAGCUGAGUGCGAAGAGUAAACUAGCUCUCGACCUGUACGCUGUUCAACGUGGACUUACUCAAAUGGCAGCACUUAACAUAGAUCUAGCAGCCCUUCUUGAAUUUUUCGUGGAAAUGAAAGCAGUGCAUAGUUAUCGGACAGAAACAGAUCAAAACACUAAAGAGGGCCACACAUUAGAUGAAAAGGCUAUCCAGGAAGCAACAAUAGCCAUCCACGCAGAAAAACUUGCUAUGUCAAGCCUAGCCAUAUAUGGGCUUGCGGGGAAGGGAUCUGAAGAAGACAUGUCCUCUCACCAGGGCAUUGCAGCACCUGAGCCCUCUGAUAUAUUAGAAAGCUCUGCCAGUUUAUAUAUCACAGAAUGUUUGAAGAAACUUGAUGAGUGCCCAGCAUUUUUUCCCCCAACCCAUGUUGAAAUUCUUGAUCAAGUUAAUGAAAUCUGCAGGUUGGAUAGCAUUCAGUCUCUCCUCAAAGUCAAGUUUGAAAAUAUUGGUUCUGGUAUAAUCAAGAAAGUUCAAGGUCGAAUUGUGUCAGUCAUCAAGGACCACACCAAACAAUGGCUGCAUGAAGUUUUACAGCAAGUGACUCUCCCAGAUGGGGACAUUGAAUCUGAGGAAUUAUGUGACAAAAUUCAGAAGCUGAAUGAGGUGAUUCGUCAGGUGACAGUCAUUUGUCGCACUAAUGAUGCUUUCAAGAAGUUCUUCAACAAGUUGCAAGUGGACUACUUUGUUGUUGUGAGUGAGGAAGUUGAUCAAAGUGUGUCCAAAGUGCUUCAAAAUGUUCUCAGCAAGACCGAUAGUUUUCUCCAGCGUCACAAAAAAGUACCAGAGAAAGUGAACGAUGCAAGCAUUGCAACAUUGCAGCUCUAUAUGACAGUCAAACUCAUCAGGUUUUUACUCAAACAGAAUGUUCCUUCCAGCGAUGAACUUGAUAUCAUCAACUUCCAUGAUUGGUUCCAGAAUUCUUUGAUAUUUUGGAUGAUGACCUUUCGCUACGAGACAUUCAACCGUGUUCUGAAAGCAUUAGAAAUGGACAAGGAUGUGAAGCUAGUCCAUGCGGUUGUUAAGUACUCAAACUCAGCUGUAGAUGUGCAGUCGUGUUUUGCAAAGGUUACUGAAGAAUGGCAGAAUAUUAACUUUGGUUGCAUUGAUAGUCGAUUGAUGGCCAUAACAAAGAUAACCAUACUUGUGUGUGAUGGUGCCAAAUUAUAUGCAGAUAAGUUAUAUGGAAUUCUAGCAGAAAAUGGCUUUUAUGAAGGAGGAAAGGACGGUAGCAAUUUUGACAUCAAAGACAAGCUUUGUAUCACAUUGAACAAUAUUGAACACGUAAGGGCAUACCUGGACAACCUACCAUCCCUGCUGAGUUGGGAGAGGAACGUAGAAGCACUUGCAAAGCAUCAUGGGAAUGAAGAUGCAGGAAAACGAACAUACAAUGCUUUACAACGUCUGACGAACAAGACAAGCGAGGCCAUACUGAUGAAGACAGCGCAGAUGGAACAGCAGAUUGCACAGAGAAUGUGUGCUGAAGUCAGAAAAAGCAUUAAACAUCUUGUAAACGACCCAAGUAAACAAGACGAGAGUCUGGAUGCAGUGCUUAAAUAUAUAGAUACCAACCUCCAGACUAUGUACAACCAAUUGAUGCCACAGAUCUUUCCACGUAUCACAAAAGCGUUAUGGAUUGAGUUACUGGCACGUUUUGUUGCACUAAUUAAAAAUGGACAGGAGAUAUCCUACUAUGAAAACCUUAAAUCUAAUUUGGAGCAGCUAGAAAGUUACUUCCAGCAUUCUGCUGUCAUCCUCAAGGACUGGCAAAUGCACAACCUAGACUAUGCAUAUCUCUCUGGAGAGUUACAAAUUAACUUACAGACCACUGAGCAGCUCUUACUCAAGUUCUUUGCAAUACUUGGCAACGAUAUGGUUACGCAAAAGGAUGAUUGGGGGCAUAUUGAGGUGCAGGUGGGAAUGCAAACCACAGACAACAAUAAGGCUAUUGUUCAUGUCAAAGUUUUGAAUGCAACAAAUUUACCAGGGAUGGAUGCUGAUGGAACGAGUGAUCCAUUUGUGUUGGUGGAGCUGUGUCCAGAAGUUACCUUCCAUAAAAACAAGACACACAAAACAAGAACAAUAUCCAGCAACCUGAAUCCAGUCUUCAAUGAAGCAUUUGAGUUUCAUGUUUCUAUGGAUUCUCUGGCUCUGAUGGGAGCUGUUCUGCAAUUUACAGUCAUGGACCAUGAUCUAUUAUGGUAUGAUGAUUUCAUCGGCGAGGUGUUCAUUCCUCUUGACCAGGCCUUUGCUAUGCAGGAUGGUCAAACAAUUGACCAUUGUCCGACCAAAGUCCUGCCUAUCAAGAGACCUCAUGAAGAGGAGAUGCCUGUAUGUUAUCAGGUUUUAAAAGCACGGAGCAAAUGGGACAAAGAUGCCAGAAACUUCACAACAAAAAGACAAGCAACUAUGAAAAUGAAGAAAUCUAGAACAGACAAGCCGUUAAAACUAACACCAAACAAUUCUCUAAAAACCAAGAAGAAUGAUCAAUCUGAAACUACCAUCACAACGGAAGUAAACGAGAUUGCAGUGCCAACCAUUGUAAUUGACGAAGCCCAAAUGAAUGGCAAUGACUGUUAAUUAAGAAAUGGGCUGAAAGAAAGGUUCAUAUUUUUAGCAUUUCAAAUGUAAAACAAAUACUGGUCUUCCUGUGUUAAAUACCCCUUCAAUUAAAGACCACUUUUCCCAAAUUAACAAAU